UACCGGAGGAACACGUCCACUGCCGGCCAUUGUCUCAUCGGCGCACCGAGCAACGGGGGUGGGAGGGGGGGGGUGCAAUGGAGGACAUCCAGAGAUGGAGCGUCUAACCGCGUCUGGAAAAGCAGCUGCAUUGAAAGUGGUCAAUACGUGGAAGAGUGAGUGAUGUGUGUGUGACAAGCUCGAAGGGGCCAGAGCUGACACUACAGUGUGCAUUUGUGUUGCCCAAGGACACACACACACCAUGUGGCUGGCUACAUUUAAAGACCGUCUGUUGCCUGCACACCUGCUACACCACCAAAGGACUGUAACCAUCACCCACUGUGCUCUUCUCUGGUGGAUAUUAUACUCCUGCUGGCCAUUUACCAAGGCUACCAGCCAAAAGUUCUACCCGACGGUGACCACUCAGUUCGGGAAGCUGCGAGGUCUGAGGGUCCCAGUGCCCAGUGAAGUGCUCAGACCUGUUGACCAGUACUUGGGCGUGCCCUAUGCUGCACCUCCCAUGGGAGAGAAGCGUUUCAUGCCCCCGGAUCAGGCCUCGUCUUGGUCGGGGAUCAAGAAUGCUACCCACUUCAUGCCCGUGUGCCCCCAGAACAUCCACAGCACUGUGCCGGAGAUAAUGAUGCCCAUAUGGUUCACCUACAACCUGGACACGGUCGCCUCCUACAUUCAGGAUCAGAGCGAGGACUGCUUGUAUCUAAACAUCUACGCACCCACGGAGGACGGGGGCCAACACAGGAAAAAAGGGGCGUCUUUUUCUCACGCUGAGACUCACAUAUCAGAAGAUAUAAGGGACUCGGAAGCUCGACCUGUGAUGGUGUACAUCCACGGAGGCUCCUAUAUGGAGGGCACUGGGAACAUGAUGGAUGGCAGCGUGCUGGCCAGUUAUGGGAACGUUGUUGUCGUCACGCUAAACUACAGAAUUGGAAUACUAGGAUUCCUCAGUACUGGAGACCAGGCUGCCAAAGGAAACUAUGGACUCCUGGACCAGAUUCAAGCUCUUCGAUGGAUCAGUAAGAACAUUGGAUACUUUGGAGGGGACCCGGGCCGCAUCACAGUUUUUGGAUCUGGAAUCGGGGCUUCCUGCGUAAGCCUGCUAACCCUAUCCCACCACUCGGAAGGUUUGUUCCACAGAGCCAUCAUUCAAAGCGGCUCAGCGCUGUCCAGCUGGGCUGUCAACUACCAACCGGUGAAAUACACCCGCAUGCUGGCCGAGAGGGUGGGCUGCAACGUGUUGGACACCGUGGACAUGGUCUCCUGUCUGCAGAAGAAGACUGCCAAGGAGCUGGUGGAACAAGACAUCCAGCCCGCCCAGUACCGCGUGGCUUUCGGCCCGGUGAUCGACGGCGACGUCAUCCCCGAUGACCCCGAGAUCCUAAUGGAGCAAGGCGAGUUCCUCAACUACGACAUCAUGCUGGGCGUCAAUCAGGGUGAGGGACUGCGCUUUGUGGAGAACGUGAUGGACCUGGAAGACGGCGUGUCGGGAAGCGACUUUGACUUUGUGGUGUCCGACUUCGUGGACAGUUUGUAUGGCUACCCUGAAGGGAAGGACACGCUGAGGGAGACGAUUAAAUUCAUGUACACAGACUGGGCUGAUAAGGACAAUCCAGAAACCAGGAGGAAGACCUUGGUGGCUCUAUUCACGGACCACCAAUGGGUGGAACCCUCCGUGGUGACGGCCGACCUGCACGCCCGCUAUGGCUCUCCCACCUACUUCUACGCCUUCUACCACCACUGCCAGAGCCUCAUGAAGCCUGUCUGGUCGGACUCGGCGCAUGGAGACGAGGUGCCUUACGUGUUUGGCAUUCCCAUGGUCGGCCCGACCGAUCUGUUUCCCUGCAACUUCUCCAAGAAUGACAUCAUGCUCAGCGCCGUGGUGAUGACUUAUUGGACUAACUUCGCUAAGAGUGGGGACCCCAACAAGCCGGUGCCCCAGGACACCAAGUUCAUCCACACCAAAGCCAACCGUUUCGAGGAGGUGGCCUGGUCCAAGUACGACCCCUACGACCAGCUCUAUCUGCACAUCGGCCUCAAGCCUCGCAUCCGUGAUCACUACCGCGCCACCAAGGUGGCCUUCUGGAAACACCUGGUCCCGCACCUCUACAACCUCCACGACAUGUUCCAUUACUCCUCCACCACCACCAAAGUCACGCCGCUGGAUCCCACUCAGUCCGCCGGGAAAAGAUCCGGCAGCACGGGCCGCCCUCCCGUCUCCCCGGGCCAAAACAGCGACGAAAGCGGGAGAGAGAUGGGUCCUCUGAUCAUGCCCAAUCCCCGGGAUUACUCCACCGAGCUCAGCGUCACCAUUGCCGUCGGGGCGUCUCUGCUCUUCCUCAAUGUGCUGGCCUUCGCCGCUCUCUACUACCGCAAAGACAAGCGCAGCCGACAGGAAACGUCCCAGCAGCCCAGUCCUCAACGCGACAGCAAGGGAAACAACGUGAGCCAUGCCGCCACUGUGGACGAGACCCUGUCCAGGAACCAGUGUGAAGCCCUCCACAAUCCCAUCCACGUGUCUCCCACCUUGGACUACUCUCUUAGUCAGCGCCGCUCUCCUGACGACAUCCCGCUGAUGACCCCCAACAACAUCACCAUGAUCCCUAACUCACUGAUGGGCCUCUCCAACAUGAAUCCCUACAGCACCUUCCCAGCCGGCUACAGUUCCGCCGGCCUGCCCAGCACCCACUCCACCACGCGGGUAUAAUUGGCCGUGACGUAAACGAAACCACAGAAAUGCAUAGCUGUAAUUAGGAUGUUUAGAUCCAAAUAGGAACGUUGUUUUCUUUUCCGAGCUACUUCCAGCAUCCUGAAUAUGCUCCAUCAUGACGGGAAGUCUUUGAAGGAGUCAUCUCCAUAUUCAUGUAGGCGACAAAAAAAAGGAACUUUACCUGGACAGAACAAUCAUGAUCAUGUUUAUACGGUUGGAUUUGUACGGGAAGUGCUUUCUUAGUGUCUAUUUUGAUCGGGUGGAGCUCGUCACGGAACGAGAUGUGGGAGAAGUGAGGGGCAAGCAGCAGUGUUAUCAAUCUGUUUUCUACAUUUUUCUCAUUGCUUCAUAUGAAAAAUUUAUUUUUACUGCAGUUCCUCUAACACGCCUUCACCUAAUGAAAUGGAAUACAAGUCCUCAUGAGGAAGAAUAUCUCCAAUUUCUACUAUAGCAUAGGUGUGCUCCAAAAAUGUAAAUUAGGCAUUCUUAUCAAAAGAAGUGUUUUGCUAAUGUAGUGUGUUGUAAUUUAUUGUAGUCUAUUUGAGUAUCUUUUUUCCCUUUCAAGUAUUUGAUAUUUUUUGCUUAAUACAUGCUAACUAAGAAUAUAAUCUCUGCUUCUAUAAGAAAAAAAAAAACUCAUUAUAGGCUUUAAAUGUGUUUUCUCACUCUAACAAAUUAUUUUGCUUGUUUGUACAGAAUAACAUUUGAUGGUUAUUUCUAUAUUAAUAUGCUGAACUCUACGCUAAAAGAUACCUGUAAUUACAUUGUAAUUGUAUGUAUCCCAACGCAAUCGCCGGCAUUGAAAAUGUAGUUUUGUUAAAAAAAAAGCCUGCAGGUCACUGCUAUAGGACCUUGGACAUAAUGACAUCGAUCCCAUAGGUUCUCUCUUUUUCUCAAGAACAUGUUGGACUUUAAACUUUGCGUUCUUUCAAGCAGUCAUAAUGUGGUUUAACCUAUUAAACUAUUUUUUUCCAACUAA